AAGCUGAGUGUGUCCACGAGGGAGACAGAGAGUGAGAGACACACACACACACAGACAGAGCGAUGGCGGAGGACACUCUGACGCUCAACGUGUCGUACGGCUCCUCCAAGCUGAGCGUGGCUGUGCCCGCGCGGGAUGGGGCCGAGCCGGAGCUCGCGGAGCUGGCGGCGGCGCUCGAGCGCCUCACCGGGGUUCCGGUGGCCUCGCAGCGGAUCAUCUACCGAGGGAGGACCCUGAAGGAGAUGGAUCAGAGCCUCUCCAGCCUCGGCGUAAAGCAGGGCUCUAAGCUCAUGAUGAUCGGGAAAAGGAACAGUCCUGAGGAAGAGGCAGAACUGAAGAAGCUCAAGGACAUUGAGAAGUCUGUGGAGCAAAUGGCCAAGAAGUUGGAGAAGGUGGAUGGAGAACUGAUGGGCUUGAAAAAUGGUUUUUUAGCAAAGGAUCUGCAAGCCCAAGCCCUGAGCAAGCUGGACCAGAGAGUGAAAGGAGCAGCUGAACAGUUCAUGAAACUCCUUGAGCAAAUGGAUGCUAUGAUUUUGCCAGAGAAUUUCAGCGACUGCAGGGUGAAGAAAAAAGGCCUUGUGAAAACGGUUCAGAGCUGCCUCGCCCAGUGCGACAAAAUUGAGGCAGGAAUUUCAGACCAUCUGGCAAAGAUACAGUCCAAGAACUUGGCCCUAGCAGAUUAACAUCCAGGAAGUGUCUUCCCUUCUGGUUUUGCUUGUUGCUCUGUGAGCAGCACGUAGCACAACUUAGAGCUCCGCGUUUGGAGCAGGGUAUUUAUCUUUGGUCUGUAUUAUAUUUAUGGAGAUUUUAACAAGAGAGACCGAGUUAAGUACGACGAGUUUGAGGAAACACUAGGGUCUCAGCACUGAGAUAAUUUACCAUACCCGUUAACCCCAGGCACUUGUGAUGGGUUGUGUGAUAUUAGGAUUUUUUUUCCCCCUCAAAUCAGGGAUCCCGUUGUUCUCCUUUUCUUCCUGAUGAUGCAGGAGCACCAAAUCCCAGCUGUAGCCAUCUCUUCUGGUGCUCUAGUCAUGGUGCCUGUUCACAAAUGUACAGCUGGCUGUGAUACAGGCCUGGACUGUGACUCAAACAUAAUAAACCUUGUGUUUCUUAUUGUGAGUUGAA